AUCUAGUCCUCGGACAAGUGCAACGCGUUGAUGUCGCGGCGUUAUCGGGAAAGCGCGCGAAAAGCGGCUCGAGCCUCAGUAGCCUCGCGCCCUCCGGACGAGAUGGUCGCCGCGCGCGCGCUCGGCCUCGCCGCCAUCCUCGCGCUCGCGGGCGCACACCUACCCUCGCACGACAACAUACUACGAAUACAACUAUGGGAUGCGGAGGGUUUGACCAGGGAGCCUGUGACCGCCGCGCCGGCGAGAAAAAAGUUGAAAGUCAACUUGGAUUCCCUCUACAAAGCCAUGCUUGAAGAAGACGGCGGUGAAGUCGGAAGGUUCACCAGGCAUAAAGUGCGGCAUAAGCGGCGUCGGCCGCGCGAACUUCAGGAAAAUGUCAAAGUCCCGUGGCGAUUUCAUGAAGGGAACACUUCGUUAAACGUUAUUGAGUAUGAAGGCGAUGAGCCUCCAGACUUGUGGUCUCCGGGCAGUGAAGUGAGUGACAGUGCUUACGUGAAUGAACGUCCCGAGCCAGAUCCACCGAAGGCUUACCGGCAGGAACAGGACGAAGACGAAGAAAUCAAAAAACAGCUGCCAGUCGUCCCAAAAUGCUGCGACAGCGGCCAGAACCUCACGUUCACGAUGCAGGACGGCGCGGCGCGGUCGGUCUGCUCGCGGAGCAGCCUGACCUUCCAGCCAGUCUUCCACAAGGCCAACGACUCUCACAUCUGGAGCUAUGACAGCAACGUGUUUGAGACCAUCGUGGGAAACCCUUGCGCCUACGACAGAUACAAACUGGAACCAGACAAAAUCAGCGAAGACGAGUUCUACCUCCUCGUCAACGGUUCCCUCUUCGUCCCCUUCAGCAAGCCCCCUCUACUCAGCACCAAAGACUUCUGCAUGGAAACGUUUUACAAUGAGUCCAAUCCUGCGGGGGUCACGUUACCUUUGGUGUGCUUCUCUCAGCCGGUGGAAACGGCUAAGACUUCUACCACACUCAUACUUUAUGCAGUAGGUUUACUUAUCUCCGUGCCAUUUCUGCUGGCCACAGCGUGCGUGUACACAUUCAUCACCGAGCUGCGAGACACGCAUGGCAAAGCUCUGGCAUGCCAUUCUACAUGUCUGGCAAUAGCCUUUUCCUGCCUCGCGGCUACGCAACUGGCGGGCCAUGCGUUUCCUGUCUUGGCGUGUACUAUCAUGGCGUACCUCAUCCAGUUUUCGUUCGUGUCCUGUUUUUUCUGGUUGAACGUAAUGAGCUUCGAUAUUUUUCUAAAUGUUAGGCGUUACCUAAACUCGUCCGUAAGCAGAAGAAGUAUGCGACGCCGCUUCGCGUGGUACUGCGCGUACGCGGUGGUGCUGCCAAUGAUCCUGUUGGUGGUCACCAUCAGUAUGGAGCUGUCACCGGCCGUGCCCAGCACUUAUCUCAAGCCCAACUUCGGGGUUAAGGGCUGCUGGUUCAAAACGGACCAAGCAGCCCUACCCUACUUCUACGGGCCCGUGGCGGCCAUCUUACUCAGCAACUUCGUCAUCUUUGUGUGCACGUCGCGCGCGUUCGCGAAACACUACGACAAACUGAAGGAUGUCACGCCACUAGACUUGGCCCAUUCGGACUUCAGUACGACGGACGACUGGGUGCGCCUGGGCACAGUGCUAGGACAGCCGCUGGCUGUUCCGGAGCGCUCGCCCACGAGAGACAGCGGAGGGUUCACGCAACGGUUAAAAAAGUAUAGAAAGAUCUUCCGUACGAGCUGCCUGCUCUCCGUCAUCAUGGGUCUGUCCUGGGUGCUGGAGGUGGUUUCCUGGUGGGCGGGCGCAGGGUCCAGCUCCGUGUCCGUCUGGUCGGUGUUCGACAUCAUCAACGCGCUCCAGGGCGUCGUCAUCUUUGCCAUGUUCGUGCUUCAGCAGCCCGUGCGCUCCUACGUGAAGCUAUCAAAGUUCUGCCAGUUCUGCCGACGUAGAAGGGACGGUUCAGAAGUGUCUGUGGUCAGUGCAAAGUGCAGCGUCGGUUCCGGUAGGAGAGACUUCGUUUAAAGUGUAUCUACUAGGUUAAGAACUGAAAUGGUAAUAACCCUUCACCAUGUCAUUUAUCGCGCCAAAAAACGCU